UAGAGCCUAAAAUGGACGCGAAAAAACUUAGCUUGAGUUUUACUUAUUUCACUGAGAAUCAAAUAAAGUGAAACCUUUAAAAAGCAUAUAAUAAUAGAUUGUUUGCAUAUUGCAUUACCUUAAAGUAGCUACUUUACAGUGACAGUGAAAGACAUUAUGUAAACUUGUAAGAAAUUUAUUUUGUGUUACUUUUAUUAGUUGUUUGAUUUAUUUAUGCAUAUAGGUUAUAAUAUAUAAACUAAAUAGAAACUAUGGAAGUUGUGGAAGAGUCUGCGGUCCAGAGUGUUUUAAGCGAGGAAAUAAUUAUUAACGAUGGGACGGCUUGUAUAUCCAGCGCGGCAGACGAGAUUACGAGACAGAACGGUGUCGCCGAAACUGGAGCCAUGGCCAACUGUGAUUCAGUGGCGGUGGCCGAGACCACCGUUCAGGAUCAGAUACAGGUCGACAGCACGACAGAUCAUACGCAUGUGCCAGUAGAUACAAAUAAAAUUAGUGGACCAAUAUCUGUAGAAACUGUCGUUUCUACUGAGCCUAGUGCUGAGGCAGUGCCAUCAACUACUGAAGGCGAUAAUGAACUUAACACGGAAAAUCAACCGGAAUUGAUUGCCACUAUCCCAGAGUUGGCUUCUAAAAUACCUGAAGAAAUAUCAGAGUUACUUGUUGGUCAAUCUGAAGAGAUUAUUGAAGAAGUUAUUCCACAAGCAGAGGGAUCAACAAUUGAAAUGAAUGUUGAGUCUAGUGACCAAGUGACUUUUAAAACUGAAAUAUUAGUUGAGAGGAACGAAAAUGAUGCUAACGAGAUUGAUAAAAAUGUAGGUCAUGUUGAUGAGCUUGAUGCCUCCAAGAGUAUGCUCAGCGCAUUGAGUGAUGUGCUGCACUCAGACAACAUGGAGAACAAUAAUGGUUCUGUGAGACAAGAAGUUUUAAACAAAGAAGAAUUAUUAAACAUCUUGGAAGGCAAUGUUGAACAGACUGAUGAACAGUAUAGUAAGAUCAUUCCAGAUGAUCAUAAAAUUGUUAAAACCAUGGAAGCCCAGAUGGCUUUACAACAGUUGACAAGAUUAAAAUCUGUUAGAAGCCAGAACCCGAGACAAACACCCCGGAAAAAAAAAUCAGGGAAAAGGCUUUCACAAAAUAGUAGUGAUAAAUCUAAUAAAGAAGAAACCCCAGCAGAUGAAAAUGAGGUGAAUUCUGAUGAACCUAAACCUAAAAAAAUUACAAAAGUUUCAGCCCCGUCUUCUAAGACUUCAGAUGUAGUGGCUUCAGAUAGUAAAACAAGCAAAAAGGAUAAGAAAACAUCAGAAGAGAAACAUGAAAGUAUGUUUUCGGAAACAAAGAGUAAAAGAAACAGACAUACAGAUUCAGAAACAACAAUCAAUGAACCCAAAUCAACUGAAGCUAAGAGUAAAAGGAAUAGAAGAACUGUAGACAUUGUUUUGAAACACUCUGAAAAUCCAACUGAAAGUAGGGUAAAAAAAGAGAAUGAUAAUGCAUCCACAAUUGCUAAUGAUAUGGAAGGAGAUGAAGAUGAUGACACAGAGACUGAUGGUAAUAAAUCAAAUAGUGUUAAGGAUAAGAUUGUUAAUGACCUGGUGAGAGAUUGGGAAGAUGAUGAACCAACAAAAGAUGAUGCUGAUGAAAAACUAUUGGAGGAAAGUCAAGGACUUAUCAAGUCUACUGAACCACUUACAACAGCAAUAGAAACUGUUGCCGAGUCUGACCGCAUUGAUGGGUCAUCUAUUGAUUCAUCCACCAGUGACGGUGCCGCAACAAAUAAGAUUGCAGAUGAUGGUCAGCCUCAGCGCAGACUUGGUAGAGUUAUUAAGAAAAAAGUUAUAUUUGACCCUGAUAAUCCCGACACAUUCACAAAGGGUAAGCUUCCUGCCAAGUCUAAAGAAGCGUCUUCUGAUAAAGAGCAGCCAGCUCCUAAAAAGAUUAAGACUGAAGUUCAGCAGAGGCCAAAAUCAAAGUCUCCAACAGGAAAACUGCACUGGAAAAAACCACCACCAAAAGCCAAUAAAGGAAAUAAAAGACUUUCUGAAGUUGAUAAGUUAUUAAUGGAUGAGGGUGCUGUAAAUAUGAUAUACCAGCUUACACCUGAAGCUCCUAAAGGUAAAAAGAAUAUGAGAACCAAAGCAGAAUUUAUCAAGAAAAUCCAGAGUUCAACUCCAGAUGGCAAAGAAAUGAAGUUUAGGGAAAGAAAGAAGGAAUGUCUCAAAGAGGAAUCAGAAGCUAAGAAGAUUUUAGGUGGAAAGCAAAGGGGAUCUCUGAGUAGUUCAGUCAAGUCAGUUGGUGAGGACUUUGAGACUCACAGUGCCGAUGACUCAAUUAUUUACCGUCGUCAUUCUUCAAGCUCCUAUUCCAGCAACUGUAUGAGCCCACUCAGGCUUAACGACCAAGAUUCCAGCGUGUUACAAGACACCUCGCGUAUCUCCCAGCAAAUGGCAGAUAGUCUGAAUAUUUCUAAUGCUGAUGAAGAAUCUGGUGACCAAAAAUCUGAAGUAUUUAUGUCUGAUGUGAAUAUAGCAUCACCUAGUGAAGUAAUCAAUAAAAGUGAUUGUUUGUCCAUUAAACAAAAGCUGAACUCCAAACUCCAGAAUGUUUUAAACAAAAGGAAACGUGAUAAUACAAAGACAGAUAAACCUGCAAAACAGAAGAAAGUGGCUCCUAAAUAUGACGAAAAUUCUUUUAAGAAAGAGGAAGAACAACAUCUGUCCAAGCUAAAGAACUUGUCUGUGAAAUUUGAUCAUAAUUUAGCAGAAAUUAACGUAAAACGGAAAGGAGAUCAAUAUACUAUCGAGACUUUGAAAGACCUGGAACUGGCGUUAGCAUACGUUAACAACAAGGAAGACAUCGCCGUGACUCUCCUGUCCUCUGAAUGUGGAACACUGUGCUCAUCUAUUGAUUUAAGUCCCCUGCUCACUGAGGAUGUGGAGAUCAGAACUACCAAUGCUGUCUUAUUAGCAGAAACUAUAAGAUCGCUGUUGAGCACAGUGGAGCAGCACGGCAAGCUCCUGUGCGCGGGCGUGAGCGGCGCCUGCUCGGGCGUGGGGCUAGCGCUGGCGGCGCUGGCCGACGUGGCGGUGGCGGGCGAGCGCGCCAGCUUCGCCUUCGACGGCCUGCUCGUCGGCUCCGCGGCCUUCGUAGCACACGGCCGCCUGCCGAGACCCACGGUUGAUAACUUGAUCGUGUUCGGCCGUAGACUGUCGGCCGAGGAGGCGCAGCAGGCUGGACUCGUCAGCCGAGUGGUGUGGCCGGACCGGUUCCACGACACGCUGCGGAGCAUAGCUAGAGACAUCGCCAAACAACCUACCAGGACUAUCUUGGUGAAGAAGCAACUUCUGGCCUUGAACAGGAGUGAAAAAACAUUCCAAUCGAGUUUGGAGAUGGAACGCGACCUCCUAGUCGAUUAUUGGACGUCCAACGAGGGCAUGGAGGCGCUCCGAGCUACCCUGGACACAGCCUAACUCUUGACAGCCAUGUUACGGCUCGGCGACAUUGAGCGACUCGCGACGGCGGCAGAGACAAUCAUAGGUGGGAACGAAAGGUCCGAUCGCUGUGUCUCGCUUCAACCUAUGGUUAUCGCUGCCGCCGUCGCAAGUUGCUCAAUGUCGUGGCCGAGCCGUUAGGGGGGCUAGACAUGAAUGUAAAUUAAGAACUCAAUUUAGAAUUUAAUCAUAGCCAGUAGUUAAUAUAAAUAAAUUGUGACACUUUGAAUUAUUUUAUUUGUCAGCUACAUAUAUGUGUUUGAAGACAUAUAUGUACAUCUAUGUUUAAGUGAACAUUUUGUUAAAUAUUGGUACUGAGUUUGAUUUCAAUGGACUGCAAUUUAAAUGAAAACACAACUAGAAGAUAAUUAACUUCUUAGUGCGUAUGCUUAUUGGCUGUAGUGACAAAAAUAUAAUUUGUUUUUAUCUACUCGUUGUAUAGGUACUUUUGCUGGCUCGUUCUUUUCUGUAACAUUUAUUUCCAUUCCUUUAUCGCUUCAUUGACAAAGACUUUUUAACUGUCAUGAAAAACAUUUGUCAUUAAAUGUAUUUCUUUGCAAUAUUCUUGUUUAUGCAAUACAAACAAUAAAUAUAUAAGCAUAAUCACUUUCAAGUUCUAAUAUGUAUAAGUAAUUAUUUUAAUCAUUAAUUAAUAACCCAAUAUAAAUGGUAAAUAUACGUGUCGUGAGUUGAUUGUGGACAUGUUCCACUUAAAAAUAUUUUGAUUAUUAUUAGUAAACCUUACAUUAUGUGUAUGUCAGUGCAAAGAUAAAUUAGGUUCACUACCUUGCCUAGGGUAAUCUUAUAUUCAUCUGAACGAAACUGCUUCAUUAAUUUUAGCUCAAAUUAUAUUCCACGGUUGAAAAAGAAUCGGAUUUAUUUAAAAUGGAGCAGUUUUUAACGGACUAGGUGUUAUUAGAUUUAAUUACAUUAUGUUAUGUUAUAGAUGAAAUUGUUUAUGUUAGUUGUUUCAGAUUUUAGUUUAUGAUUAAUCGCAAUAACGCAAAAUUUACAAAAACGAUAUUGUGUUCCUCUCUUUUUAUUUGAGGUGAUGUGCAGAAAUCCUGGUCAUGUAUAAACUCUUAGCAGGGGUGUAACUAUACAAGAUUUCAUGAAAUUAAUUGUUACGUAUAAUAAAUGAAUUGUCAUAAUAAGUGGGUACUAUGCAAUAGUAGGUAUAUUACAUACCUAAGUCAGUAAAAUAAGAAAUGUCUUCGCCUCGGCCGACAAAAACAUGUGUACAUGUGUGUUUAUUGAGGCGUCCUUAUUUACUGACCGAAGUGAGUCUAGUACUUUUCUUUCGACGGAACCGGAACACCUUCGUUUAACGCACCGGGCCAAAUGUUGACGCUUUAUGGCCGAAUGGCAUAACAUAUAAUAGUUUAAUAUUUCGACCAAAGACAACAAUACGACCUAACAGCAACACUUCACUUUAAGCCGACGUCGGUGGACCAUGUCUUUGCAAUAAUGUUGACGAAUUGUUAGUUAAAAUACGAACCAUGGUACUGAACAGUGGCGGAUUUGCAGUCUUUGCCGCCCUAGGCCCUGUAGCCGGCCCUUUCUCAGCACCCAUCAUAUUGACUACAUUUUGAGUUAUUUCUGGUUUUCAUCAGCGAAUUUUUACCAUUUUAAAUUUGCCGCCCUAGGCCCGGGCCCACUUGGCCUUAGGGUAAAUUUAAUCCGCCACUGACUGUGAAUUUAAUAUUGGACCAUAUUCAUAAAACCACGUGUUACGGAUAUAAAAUGUUUCUAAUUCUAUUAAAAAGAAAAUUUACAUUAAAAUAUAAGCAAUUUUUUGAAUUACAGUGAUUUCAAUUGUUCUUAAUUUAAUUCCAGAACUACUGUACGUAGGCGCCUGUGCUUAGAGCAUAGCAACAAUUGCGAAACUUAUAUUCCGCACAUUUUGGCUAAGUCCUCUUUCAUUUUGCCUGUGAUGUCUAACGAAAUACUACGCCUGGAAUUGGACGAAAACUUUGAUGGUUAUUGAAUAAGUACCUAGUGGCAUUCCUUUAUUCGAUUCUUAUUAUAAUAAUUAUCGUUUCAUUUUCUAGAUUUCAUUUCACUGUGUGUAUUACCUUCUUAUAGUGCAAUCUCAAAUAAUGUUCACAGACGUAAGGUAAAUACCGCAAUGAUGUUAAAAGCAUGAUUUCUAAUUCCAUCUUAAUGCCAGUGUCGCCUUACAGAAUAUUAGCUGUACUAUCUUUUCCCUAAGUAGUUACAAUAGUUUCAACGAAUUAUUAUUUUUAAAUGCAUUACACUCCGAUGUCAAGCACAAGACACAAAGGACUUCAAUCGUCUUGCUGAGUGUACGGACGGCGAAAAACAUUGCUUAUAAUAUCGUUGUAUUAAGUAAGCCUCCCUGAUGUAUUGUCUUACUUUUAUAAUUUAUAUAAAUAAAGUGCCUUUCUUAAAAUAUCAUUGUUUUAAGUGUAGUUAGAUUAAGGUAUGAACUACACCUAGAUGAAGUCCGCAUUCAGGCUUUCCCCACACAUACUCUAAGCCAGUAUACAUUAUCCAAAGUGAGCCAGAAAAAGGCACCGAAAUAUUGUGCUGUUGCAAAGUUAUGUAUAAGUAUACAGAAUACAUUAAUUAUUUCUUUUUCAACUUUCACAUUGUUUCAUCUUUAUGUUGGAUCUAAAUCGCAAAUAAAUCUGCCCUGUUUUUGAAUAAUUAUAUGUAAUUAAUUUGGAUAUAAGCUGAAUUAUGACUUAUGACUAUCUGUAUUUUUUGUAUAUUAUUAAAUCUAAACAUUUAUGUUUACCUACUUGAUCACUUACUGUUAUAUUUAGUUCAUUUAAAUGGUUGAAUAAAUCGUAUUUUAUUGUCGCA